AUGUCUUUGAAUUUCAAUCCAAUUGAAAGAAGAGACAAGGUAAUCAAAUCAACUGAUUUUGAUGCCCUCUCUUCAAAAUUGUCCUGCUUCAAUAAAAACUACUUUUCAAAUGACCCAAACAACGACUCCUCGCUAUUCAAAUCCUAUAUAGACCAAUUGAAAAUCAACCUUCCACUACUAGCUUCAAACAACAGCUUGUUUAAAAGUUUUGGCAACUCAAAAUUCUCAAUUCAACGUCUCUUAAACUCAAACCUAAACGAAAAUCUAAUCAAAAACAAGUUUCCUCUAAUCAAUCGAGGCACCUACAUUCGAACAAAAUUGCUAGACAUUCUCAUUCAAAAUUUCCUCAUCUCAAACAACUACGAAAACUGCCAAAUCAUUUCCCUAGGUGCUGGCUCAGAUUUGAGAUUUCUAAACCUAAUCAAAAACUUCUCUUCCUCCUCUCCACAUAAAAUUAUCCACAAUUUCAAAUACAUUGAAUUGGAAUUCAAAGAGUCAACCUUUAUCAAAUCUUUCAUAUACCUAUCAAACCCAACUUUUAGAGACCUAAUCUUCAACUCUUCCAACUUCGAUUCAUCCCUCCAAUAUAAUACCAACUAUAAUAUCAACAAUAUCAAUCUAUCAACAUUCAAUAUAGACACAAUCCAAACAAACAACUAUCUACUAUACCCAAUCGAUCUAAGAGAUAAAAAUCAAUUCACCCAAUUCAUACAAUACUUGAAAAACUCAACAACUAUCAAAAUCAACUUCAAUCACCCAACUUUAAUAUUUAGUGAACUAUCAACCUGCUACAUGUCCUCAACUGAUUCAAAUGUCUUACUCCAAUCUUUCCAAUCCGCUUUUCCCAACGGCAUCAUAUCACUAUAUGAACCAAUCUCUCUAAAUGACAGAUUCGGUGAAAUGAUGUCCAAUAAUCUACUUAAGAGAAAAAUAUUCAUCUCCACUCUAAACGACUACCCAACUCUACUGUCUCAAAUCGAUAGAUUUCAAUCUCAAAUUACCCACUUCAAUAAAAUUUUAUCUUCGGACAUGCUAUUUAUCUACAACAACUGGCUAACUUCAAAUGAAAAACUAAGAUUAUCAAGAUUGGAAUUUUUAGAUGAACUAGAAGAAUGGAACUUGCUAGCAAGCCAUUACUGUCUAAUUGUCGGUACAUAUGGCCAUUCCUCUCUAAUUAACACAGAUUUCAUAAAUCAAAUUCAAUCUCUAAAAUGGCAAAUUAUUCAUUAA